CACAGGACAAACUUAUUGACUAAUAGCCAAUCACUAAAUAGCGGGGAGGGUAAAGCCUUGGUGUUUGUGUCACGGCCUGGGGGUGGGGAGUGGGGUGGGACAAGCAACAGUAUCAAAUAUUCAAUUGGGAACCUCAGCCUGGCCAGCUGUGCCCUUGCAGCCCCAGCCCGAGGCAGCAUACUGAACCAAUGGUUAAGCCCGGAGGGGAUCUGCCCCGCUGCAGCUUCCUGGAAAGCAGCUUGGGGCAUCACGGACAUUCACAGAAUGCCUUAUUUUACAAGACUCAUUUUGUUCUUGUUUUGCCUGAUGGUUCUCGUGGAAAGCAGAAAGCCCAAGAAGAAGAGAUGGACAGGGCAGCUGGAAACGUCCAAGCCAAGUCACCUGCAUAAGAAGAACUUCGACGUGACCAAAAUCCAUGGAAAACCUCAGCCGCUUCUCAGAGUGGAUGACCAUGACUUCACUAUGAGGCCCGCCUUUGGAGGCCCUGCUAUCCCGGUGGGCAUGGACGUGCAGGUGGAGAGCCUGGACAGCAUCUCAGAGGUGGACAUGGACUUCACCAUGACCUUGUACCUGCGGCAUUACUGGAAGGAUGAGCGGCUGGCUUUCCCCAGCACCAGCAACAAGAGCAUGACCUUCGACGGCCGGCUGGUGAAGAAGAUCUGGGUCCCCGACGUCUUCUUUGUUCACUCCAAAAGGUCAUUCAUCCACGACACCACCACAGACAACAUCAUGCUGAGGGUGUUCCCGGAUGGGCAGGUGCUGUACAGCAUGAGGAUUACGGUCACUGCCAUGUGCAACAUGGACUUCAGCCACUUUCCCCUGGACUCCCAGACCUGUUCUCUGGAGCUGGAAAGCUAUGCAUACACAGAUGAAGAUCUGAUGCUGUAUUGGAAGAAUGGGGACGAAUCCCUGAAAACAGAUGAGAAGAUCUCCCUGUCUCAGUUUCUGAUUCAGAAAUUUCACACCACGUCCAGACUGGCCUUCUACAGCAGCACCGGUACCUAACUUUUGCCACAGUCUGAUUCAAAUGCGGAAGAAAACACAUUAGAAUUCUUCGGCCUUAAGCUUUCCCUCUUUCAGUCCAAAUAACUUGUUAUCCUUAUGAUAAUGCCUAGUCUAACAAAACAUAGANCCGUGCCCGCCAGAGUCUCACUGGGGAUCACCACGGUGUUGACCAUGUCCACCAUCAUCACCGGCGUGAACGCCUCCAUGCCCCGCGUCUCCUACAUCAAGGCGGUGGACAUCUACCUCUGGGUCAGCUUCGUGUUCGUGUUCCUCUCGGUGCUGGAGUACGCAGCCGUCAACUACCUGACCACCGUGCAGGAGCGGAAGGAGCGGAAGCUGCAGGAGAAGUUCCCUUGCAUGUGUGGAAUGCUUCCCUCAAGAACCAUGAUGCUGGAUGGAAGCUACAGUGAGUCUGAGGCCAACAGCCUGGCAGGGUACCCACGAAGCCACACUCUCACAGAAGAAGAAAGGCAAGACAAAAUCGUGGUCCACCUGGCCCUGAGCAAUGAAUCCAACUCCUCCAGGAAGAAGGGGCUUCUGAAGGGCCAGAUGGGUCGUCGCAUCUUCCAGAACACCCACGCCAUUGACAAAUACUCCCGGUUGAUAUUCCCGGCCACUUACAUAUUUUUCAACUUAAUUUAUUGGUCAGUGUUUGCCUAAGGGUUCUGAGGAUGUGCCUGGGAAAGGGCCUAGACAUUGAUGAGGUCUCGCCAGCCGCCCACACAAGGACCUGUUGACUGUGUUCCCUCACAGACAGAGCAGCAGCUCCGGGACCAAGUGGAGCAGCAUCCUCGCUCCUGGAGGAGCCCAGGAGCCCCCCAGCUGCCCUUCCCCAGACCUUAUGGGCUUGAUGAUCAUUCAUGCUGUGUUGUGUCCCAUUUCAUGCCUCUCUGGGACUGUCUUCUUCUG